UCAUUCAGCAAACGUCUGAUGUGUCGUUUUACGGUCAGUCAGGCGCAUUUGUUUGAUCCAAGGCCUUCCUCGGCACAGCAAGCACCGCAGGCAAUUGAAUCCAUUGAUGUGGAACACUUUUUCAGGAACGGCUCAACCUUGUCAGCGAAAUCAAUCGAGCAAAGCGCUGAACGAGUCUUAUGCCCUGUUGAAACCGUUGCUCCGGAACCGACCGUUGAGAAUGAACAGGUCGAGCUCCAGGAGGACUGUACACCAAAACCACUCCUAGAACAAGCUGUGAUUGAUAACUACCUGCAAAAUUAUAAGCAUAAGGUAACACUUUUCUGA